UACGAUUUGGUGCAAUAUCUAUGGCGAGUUUCGUGUUUUGAAUGCAAGCGCUUAGUAUGUAAACAAAGGAUAAGGAAGCUAUAAGGCAAAAGUUAAUAAUGGCGGCAUACUUAAGGGAAUUCGAAGAAGAGUGGCAGACACACAAGAAUCGGUUUAUGGAAUAUUUGAUUACUUUAAGCGAACCCGUCCCUGUUUACUUUCAAGGGGAAGAGAGAGAUGAACUACUGAAUAAAAUGCGACAAAUGGUGGAGGACACUUGCGAAUUAGAUAUAAGGCAUGAUGAAAUGAUUCGAACUACUAAGAGAAUUGAAAGUAAGAAGAAGAAAGCUACUACAGGAGACUCUUCUGAAGUAGAAUCUUUCAAGAAAUUGUAUGAAAGACUUCUAAAUGAAGAAGCAGCUAACAGACAAAAUCCUAAAAGACAUCAGAUGUAUUCCAGGUUAGAAAAAACCAUUAAGGAUUCUGUGGACAGAGUGAGUGAAAAGGAUGAUAUAGUCAUGACAGAUGCACAGAUCAACAUCAUAGAUCCUAUAACAAUGACAGUGCUUGAGAAUCCAGUUCGCAACCGUCUGUGUAAUCAUGUAUAUAGUAAGAAGAGCAUCCAAAGUUUGUUGAAAAAACCCAAACAACUCAAGUGUCCGGUGGUAGGGUGCCCUAUCAGAACAACAUUCACCAUGGAUGAUUUGGAGUCUGAUCAUGAGUUAGAGGAGCGUAUCAACAAGAUUAAGUCGGCUGGUGGAAAAAAAUGAUGUUUUUCUGGACUAUCCAUGCUGGCUGUUUUCUGUAAAUUCUGUGCCCACAUUUACUUAUUUCAUAGGCCUAAUAUAGUGAUCACUAGUUCCAAGUGGCUGUGCAGUACACGAAAGUGGAUGCAGCUGAUCACAAAUUUGUGAAGUCUUUGUGACUUUCAUAAGUAUCUGUUUUUGUACUGGUGUUUAUUUUUCAGUUGCAUAUUUAUUAAUAAAGAUUAAACUUUCAUUAAAAUAGAUGAAAUAGUCA